AUGACCGCGCCCAAGACUCCCGUUAUUGCAUGCCCGAAGCCGUACGUCAAACAUCCGGAAGGUGUUCAGAUCACGAGUAUUCCAUCUGCAAGCCAACAGAGUGCGUCGACUACCCACACCUUCGUUAAACGUGCUCAGAACUGCGGACCCAAGGUGGUCCGCGUUUUCGAAAGGCCGACAAGUGGGAUCAAGUACGUCAAGUUGGAUAACGGACACUGGUACAAGUUGAAGUAUGCGUCAAAGGCCCGCCAACUGAACGGUCAGCAACAUGUCGAAGCCGUUGACUCGAGUAACGCGCCAGUCAUUGAUUCGGGUGAGGGUCAGCGGAAGCAGGCAGAAUCAAUUCGCCAGUGCCUUACUGGCUCGACGUCUUUAUCCAAAGCCAACACCCUCGAAGACUACAACCGAGAGGUCAAAAAGGUUAUCGCAAGGCUGAAGGAGAUGGAAAGGCAAGUUACAAAGAUUCUCAUUCGUCAACAAGGUAAGGUGGACCAAAAGGGAGGCGUUGAGGGCAAGAAGGGCAUCAAAGGCGAGAAUACAGAAAAACGCAGCUCGCGCCGGAAGAGGCCCCAGGAAAUGAAGUGGCAUGAUCAUGAGUUCGUCGCAAGAAAUGGUCUGCUGAGUGCCUGGGGUAAUAACGACAAAAGGAGAGGACACAAGCUACGGCAUCGCUGCACAUGGAUUCCGGUGCCGGAGAAGAGGCCCAUCGAGCAGCUUUCAGGGGACGUGUCAGUCCCAGGCCUGGUCUUGACGAGUGCAGAGGGGGGCAACUUUUCUUUGCACGACCCCGCCGAGUUGUGA